AUAUACCUUGAUGUUGCAGAAAAAAGACCAUAUAUUUUUUUAACCGAUUUCCGAACUCUAAAUGGGUGAAUUUUGGCGAAUUAAACGCCUUUCUAUUAUUCGCUCUCGGAGCGAUGACGUCACAAUAUGACGUCACAUCGGGAAGCAAUCCGCCAUUUUCUCACUUUCGUCGGUGUGUUGUCGGAGGGUGUAACAACACGAACAGGGACGGAUUCAAGUUGCACCAGUGGCCCAAAGAUGCGAAAGUGGCAAGAAAUUGGACGAAAUUUGUUCAAAAUACGAGGGUGUGGGGAAAGCCGACGAAAUGGUCAGUCGUUUGUUCCGCACACUUUACCGACGAAAGCUAUGCUACGACAGAGAUGGCAAGAAUGUGUGGAUAUCCUGCGACACUCAAAGCAGAUGCUGACAUCAACUCCAAAACUGGACAGAUCAGCUUUCAGGAAAAGAGAGCGGAUGAGGCGCGGGCUCGAACUCACACUGGCAGCGCGCCGAGAAAUGCCCCUGUGGCCGAUCGGCAAUCUGCACACCUGGGACUGAUGAGGGUGAGCUGUAUAAGGACUAGUGGACCUAAGGAUUCUGGCGGGAACUUAGUUCUCUAUGGUGUACCUGCUUUCCUUCCGUCGCCUUGGUUUUGAGCUGUGUGUUUCGCUCCCUUGGACUUCCUCCCCCUGGAUCUCGACUGCCUUCCCGGAUCUCGACCCCCUCGCAUGGACACGGACUCUGACGCCUCUCUCUCUCGCCCUGGAUCAUCUGCCUGCCCCACUGACGGCCCCUCCUGCUUUGUCCCUCCUCUCGCUCGACUCAACACUUGGUAACACACACUUCAGCUAACCAUACUAAUAGCCACACACACACACACACACACACACUCUUGGGUUU